UGGCUUGACCAAUGACCACGUCAUCACUCCGCGUCUGUAAGGGAAUGGUAGGCUACGCAACCCCGCAUGACCGUUGUAAACAUUUGGCUUUUCCUUGAAAGAUUAAGCUGAAAUGGCACCGACAGGUCCACAAAUGAACAAUAGGAAGUUUACCCCGAAAGGCGGCGACUGGAAGAAGUCAACAAAUAACGCCCAUGGUGCCAAGCUGAAGCGGAAAUGGGUCCCCGAGCAAAAAGUAUACGAAGGCAGCGUGCAGGAAGGUCAGGGGUUUGCUUUAAAGAGGAAGGAAAAGGUCAGACAUGAGUACAACAAGCUGCUGCGGAGGGAGAGGAGGAAACUCCCAGAAUCCCCAGCUCUGUACAAGGACGAGUACCCCGAACACCUCCGGCAUCUAUACGUGGCCGAGGCCCAGAAACUAAAGAACGAAGCCUGGACUCAUAGAUUGAACAGGAGUAAACUGAGAGUGAAAAGCCAGGAGAAAGAAGAAGAGGUGAGUGAAGAUGCCGCGGCCGCCCCUGCUGCUGCUGAGCCAGAUCCAGAAGUUACUGGUGGACCUGAGCAGACAGAUUCUGGAACCGGGAAUCCUGAAACCAGAGCAGACGCAGAGAAAGACGAUCUUCCAAUAAGCAACCGCAUGAAGAAAAGAAAGCAGAAGAAGACGUCCUACCAGAAGACAAAAGAGGAUUUUGAGGCAAUCACAGAACAACGGAGAAAGAAGAAAGAGGACUAUCUGAAAAACAGCAAGCAGAAAGAAGAAGCCAUUAAGAAGUACAAAGAUAAAAAGAUGGAGAUGUUUCAGAUACUGAGCAGAAAGACCAAGAAAGGACAGCCCAAUCUGAACCUCCAAAUGGAGUAUUUACUUCAGAAGAUCCAGGGAACUGGAAAAUGACCCAAGUCAAAGCUGAUGCUGGAGAAUCAUUGGACAUUUUACUUUUAUUUGACUCAUACUUAAUCACUCUUUUGUGAAUGAGAGCUUGAGGACAAUCAGGGUUGGGCCUUUUCAUACAAAUUAAAUGCUGUUAUUUUCAGUAUUUGACCCCUGAAAAACAAGGACAACUGCUCAUUUUAAACUCCGUCCACAAGAUGGCAGUACACGACACAAAGAGUUGUGAAAACAUGUUCUUGUUAGACUUUUAUUAAUAAAAGUUCUAGCUUCCUGAAAAGCGCUGUUCAUUUGAAAUGGUCAACACAUCCCAGUUGUAGCUUAUUACCAUGACACAAAAUAAUACAUUUUGAUUUUAUUCAACCAUACCUAUUUGAAGAUACUUAAUACAAACGUUAUAACCUGUACUAUUCUGAUUUAACUUUGGGAAUAUCCACUUUUAAUGAAUUUAACUGCUGUAAAUAUCACAAUAACUUUUAAGAUGCCGGUCUGUUCUUAAGUCUUCUGUCAUGAAGACGUUGUCCCGCUGAAAGGCCGCUCCCACUCCACCUUCUCCCUCCGUGUGGGGCUGAAAGUCUCCAGCCGCUUCCUCAUGACAUCACAUGGCUGCAGAAUGACUUCUCUAACAUUCAUCUGUGAGGCAAGACUUCCGACACACAGAGCGCGCUCACUGCUCUGUUGAUGCCAAGGGAAAAACACUUGUUUCUUGUGCUGAUCAUUUGAAAAAGGUAAGAUGUUUCCUUCUGUUUCUGGUUUGUUUAAAGAUGCCAUUUGUGACUACAUCGUAUGUUUACGCUGUGGAUUUGGUUAAAGACCGAAGAUUAGGAGCAGAAAGCAUUUGCCACAUGUUUUGUGAUUGUAUAAAAAAGGGCCCAAAGCUUUUUGUGUACUUAAUACUUUAUAUUUGAAAGAGUAUCACUGUUUUUCACAGCAAUGUUAUACAUAUUUGAGUCCUCUUGAUGAAGGGAAUUUAUUUGUGUUCAAGUAAUACUAUAUACUAAUAAAAAGGAGUGUAAUGUG